CCACUUCUGAAGCUGGGGCCCCCCAAGGUAGCAGCAGCGGCCAGGAUGUCCACUCAGAGCAUCCGCUACCUGAAGCCCGUCGCUCUGCACCUGCCACCUGGGAUCCCAGAGUCCCCAGGCCGCCAGCGGCGCCACACACUCCCCGCCAACGAGUUUCGCUGCCUCACCCCAGAGGAUGCUGCUGGCGUGUCUGAGAUUGAGUGAGAAGCCUUCAUCUCUGUCUCGGGCAUCUGCCCCCUGAACCUGGACCAGGUCUGGCACUUCCUGGCCCUGUGUCCUGAGCUGUCCCUGGACUGGCUCGUGGAGGGCCGCCUCGUGGCCUUCAUCGUCGGCUCCCUGUGGGAUGAGGAGAGACUCACUCAGUCGCUGACGCUGCACAGGCGCAGGGGCCGCACGGCCCACCUGCACGUGCUGGCUGUGCACCGCCCCUUCCGGCCGCAGGGCAAGGGCUCCAUCCUCCUCUGGCGCUACCUGCACCACCUGGGCGGCCGUCCGGGCGUGCACCUGGCCGUGCUCAUGUGCGAGGACGGGCUGGUGCCCUUCUACCAGAGGUUCGGCUUCCACCCUGUGGGCCCGUGUGCCGUGGGCUCACUCGCCUUCACGGAGAUGCAGUGCUCCCUGCGGGGCCACGCCUCCCUGCGCAGGAACAGUGACUGCUGA